UCUAAAAGUACAAGCAAUUGCGAACGGCAAGUUUCAGGGAAUACCAGGGCUCGCAAGGUCUAAAUAUGCCUAUCUUCUGCUGUAAGUGCGAGGUACGGAACGCCAGGUUCGGCGGGAGACGCGCGACGAGCAACGCAAUCAUUAUGACCAUAGGACAUGCAUACGCGGCUUCGACCUACUACCACAAAGUCAGAUCGCGACAUGCUCGAGUCAUCUGAAUCUUCUAUCGUUUGCUGCCCAUCUUUUCGC